AAAGCCAACAAUAAAAUCAGAUAAUAAUGAUUAAAAAUAAAAAACUAUUUUUUAAUAGUCUAAAUGUGGGAGUUAGGAAUAUUUUAUUGGGAACACUUUGUCGGUCUGAUUAAUUUUGCCGACGGUUCGUGUCACAUUGUGCUUCGUCCGGUCGACGUGGACAAAAAGAUGGACGACUUGUUAAAAGUCCCAGAUUUCCUGUUGGAAAAAGUAAAGUCGAAGUUAAAUGCUAAUUAUAUAUUUAUCAGUGGAACAAACGUAAUGGAAAUCCAGGACAGGAGCAUCCGUCGACGUGCGGUAGCCUUAAUAUUUGAACAAGUGGCCGAGGAAGUGACGAAUUUGCUGGAUUGGUUCACCGGCAUGGUGACCCAGAUGAUUCGGCUAAGCGACCUCACUAUUUCUUUGGAAAAACUUCUGGAAAACAUCCAAUCGAUGGUGUUUAAUUUAAAUGCUUGCCUGAAGCAUCUGUAUGACAACGGAGCCAACGUCGCUCAAGCACUAAACAGGUACCUGUUGCUCAGUGACAUCAUCUUCGUAUACCGAGCAGAGUACAACAUCGACACCACCAUCGAAACUGUCGCGCCCAGAAUCGAUUUUGAAAAACAAAAAAUAUUGGACUUGAUCAAGAUGAAGACUAACAUUAAACAGCUUCCGAUCGGUGGCGGGGACGUACCACAAAAAUCAUACUUAGAUCUGUUGGAUGAAGCUAAAACGAAAAUUGUUAGCUACACAGAUUUCUACAACCGACGUCAGCACUACCACUGGUUGAACACCGACCAACUCAAGUGGAAGAACCUGAUAAAAACCAAGACCGUUCAGAACUUGUUGUCUCCGAUCAGUGGCAAAACUCUUCAGCAGAGAUACAAAGACACGGCCGCCGAGGUGGACUCGACCAAAGUAAUAGCGUUUUACGUGGAAGUCGCCGAAACGCUUUCCAUGGUAUUGGACAAAAACAGUUUUGCCAUUAUUUCGCUGUUUGUCGACUACUUGAGGACAAUGAUUGUCAGUGGUUCGCCAAACAAUGCGAUCAGACACCAACGUUUGAAAGACGUAAUUGUAGAAUUAAGAAAUCAGUUAAAUGUCUUAAACUUAUUCCGAUGCUUUAUGAUAUCCACGCUUCAUUUGGAAUGUCCGGAACAAUUAUUAUUGAAAGCUACCGUGGCUCUCGAACCUAUUGUUAAUCAGGGCUUUGAAGUUCUGCAAAAACAAGUGUCGGAACAGGAUUUACCCAAGCUCAUAAAAUAUGUGAACAUGUUCGUAAAACCUGUGAAUGUGUCAGCCGCAGAGAAGCAGUUCGACAUUGCCGUUACUGAAACGGAACCGACUGAAAAACUGAAAAAAAUUAUAAAAGAUAUCAGGGUGGCUUCUUUGGCAACAACAGAAGUUGGCAGAGUUCUCAUGAAUAUUUAA